AUGUUUCCGGCGAUCUGUUCUCUCCGUGUUUGCUCGAGAAUGUUCAGCGAGGUGCCAGCGACAAGGCUGAGGUGGGAGUGGACGGCACGUACGACCCAGUCAUGCUGGGAGCCUGGCUUCUCCUGCUCCCUCCUCCUGCUCCCUCUCUCCGCGCCCGUGGACGCCGAAGGGACGGUGCAGCUUGCAAGGUGCAGUUGCGAGCAACUCGGUGUCUCGGCCUCCGGCUGGGGCGUCACCUCAGAGUACGACGAGGCGGCACAGACGUUUGCCUGCAAUGCACCCGUCCUCUCGGAUCCCUUUAUGGCGCUCUCUCGGGGCGCGUCGGCGCGAGCAGUGGCUCCGCUGCGCCCCCUGUGUCUGGCAGUGCGCGGAGGCUUCCUCUUCUAG